AUGCGGUCCAUAGGAGCCUCUGUAACAUUCGGAUGCAACCAAAUGUACAUUGCAACAUUUCAGGCAACAGGAGCGACUUGUCUGGCAAACGGAACAUGGUCUCACAAACUCGAUUGUGAAGAAGAUGCUGAUGAUAAUAAAACUUGUUGUACACUUCUUUCGGGAGAUUGUCAGGAUAUACAAACUAUAAACAAGACAGCAGGAACUGGGGUGUUUAAAAUUUAUCCAACGGGAAGCGAUGGCUUCAUGGUUCGUUGUGACAUGGACACGCCACCUGGCGGCUGGACUGUGUUUCAGCACAGAGAAUCAAAUAGCGAUUUCCUACAGAACUGGGAGGCAUAUAAGGAAGGGUUUGGUCAGUUGGCUAAUAAUUUUUGGUUAGGGAAUGAUAAGAUAUGGAAACUUACAAGCAGUGGUCAGUACAAACUACGAGUUGAUCUCAUUGAUCAGCAAGGCUUAGAGGGAUAUGCGGAAUACAGUUCAUUUUCAAUCGGAAAUGAGGCGACAAAAUAUGUCUUGAAUAUCGCGGCGCAUAAUGGAACAGCAUCGGACAGUUUAGUUGAGAGACAUGACGGAAUGAUGUUCAGCACAUUUGACCAGGACAACGACAAAUUUACUGGUAAUUGUGCGAAAAUUUUUGAAGGAGGUUGGUGGUAUCGUAGCUGUCAGUCAUCGAAUUUAAACGGACCGUAUGGGGAUGGCGAUUGUAAUCACGGAAUGACGUGGAAAGAUUGGAGACAUAAAUGUGUCUUUAUGAAAUUUACUGAAAUGAAAAUACGUCGGAAGUAGGAUGGACAUUUUUAACUGUCAAGCAUUGUGUGUUUAAAUUUGAAAAUUAAGUUAUUAAAGCUUCUAUUUCUUUAAAUCAAACUUUAAUAAGUGUAUGGAAAAGGUGCAGCAUGGCAUGAGAAGGCCUGAUACAAAGAAAGCAUUGUUAUAAAUGCUUAAUUUUCUUACCUUAACCAAUUUAUCCGGGCAGCAAUUGAUGAAGUAUUUCAGUAAAAUGUUGUUUUUAUUCUAACAUACUUAUUAAACAAGAUAAACAAAUAAUAAGGACAGACAAACCGCGCAUUAUUAAAAGACGAUGCACUAAAUAAUAAUUUAUAUUUUCAUAAUAACAUGUUCUAAAGGUAGAAAAUAUAGUAAUACAAAAUACUGUAAAGAUCUUAUUCAAUUUUGUACAUAAU